AUGACGACUGGUGUUAGAGGUAUGUACCAUGUUUACGUUUACAAUAUGUUGGGAGAAAACGAAAAUCUCUGGGUUCAUUGUUCAUCCAAAGAUGAUGAUCUGGGGAUACAUUUGGUGCCCUAUCAAAGCGACUUCCAUUGGAAGUUCAAUGUUAACAUCUUCAGGACUACGCUUUUCUCCUGCGACUUAGCAAAGAAGACGGUCAGUGGCCAUUUCGUGAUUUUUAAUGCCAAGAGAGAUGAUGGUAAUUGCAAGGAUGACCAGUGCAUCUGGCACGUUAAGAAGGAUGGUAUAUAUUUCUACAAUGCCUUUGCUAUGAGGGAUGAGUUGAAGUUUCGCUGGCCAUGA